GUGCCGGGGCGGUGCCGGGGCCGUGCCGGGGCGGUGCCGGGGCCGUGCCGGGGCCGUGCCGGGGCCGUGCCGGGGCCGUGCCGGGGCCGUGCCGGGGCGGUGCCGGUGCUGCGCGGCCCCGCCGCCGCUCCCAGCCGCUAUAAGCGGGCGGCCGCGGCCGCGCUCCGCAGUGCAUGGCCAAGCCCCGGCCGGCCCCCGCCGCUCCGCCGGGAUCCUCCCCUGGGCCGGUCCCCUCCCCCGGGCCGGUCCCCUCCCUUGGGCCGGUUCCCUCCCCGCCGCUGCCAGCCGUGACCUUGGCAUCCGCCGGCGGCGGGGACAGCCCUGGGGACGGCCGCCGUGGGAUGCGUUAGGCGGCGGAUCGCACGGGAAUAUUCCUCCCGGGAGAAGGAGCGCGGCAGCCUCCUCCCGCGGCAGGGGAGCGGCAGGAAAAGCGGAUUUAAAGAGCAUCUUUGCCCCUUUGUUGGAUGAGAAGGACGGGGAAGGAGCGGCAGGAUGAGCACUAGCAUUCCCUACCAGCAGAACCCCUACCCCGCUGGGAGCAGCUCCUCUGCCAUCCAGUGCUACCGCUGCGGGGACACCUGCAAGGGCGAGGUCGUGCGUGUGCAGAGCAACCACUUCCACAUCCGCUGCUUCACCUGCCAAGUGUGCGGCUGCGACCUGGCCCAGUCGGGCUUCUUCUUCAAGAACCAGGAGUACAUCUGCACCCAGGACUACCAGCAGCUCUACGGGACCCGCUGUGACAGCUGUGGGGACUUCAUCACCGGCGAGGUCAUCUCUGCCCUGGGCAGGACCUACCACCCCAAGUGCUUUGUCUGCAGCACCUGCAGGAAGCCGUUCCCCAUCGGAGACAAGGUGACGUUCAGUGGGAAGGACUGCGUCUGCCAAAACUGCUCCCACACCCUGCUCAGCACCAAGCCCAUCAAGAUCCACGGGCCCAGCCACUGUGCCGGCUGCAAGGAGGAGAUCAAGCAGGGCCAGUCGCUGCUGGCGCUGGAGAAGCAGUGGCACGUCAGCUGCUUCAAGUGCCAAACGUGCGGGAUCAUCCUCACCGGCGAGUACAUCAGCAAGGAUGGCAUCCCGUACUGUGAGUCCGACUACCACGCCCAGUUCGGCAUCAAGUGCGAGACCUGUGACCGCUACAUCAGCGGCCGCGUCCUGGAGGCAGGAGGGAAGCACUACCACCCCACCUGUGCCAGAUGUGUGCGCUGCCACCAGAUGUUCUCAGAGGGAGAGGAGAUGUACCUGACAGGCUCUGAAGUGUGGCACCCCAUCUGCAAGCAGGCAGCCAGAGCAGAGAAGAAGCUGAAGCACAGAAGGACGUCGGAAACCUCCAUCUCCCCCCCUGGCUCCAGCAUCGGCUCCCCAAACCGUGUCAUCUGCGACAUCUACGAGAGCUUUGACACGCGGCAGAGACGAGCCUCCAGCCCCGGCUACAUCGACUCCCCCACCUACAGCCGCCAGGGCAUGUCCCCCACUAUCCCGAGGUCCCCCCACCAUUUCUACCGCUCAGGCACCGAGAGCGGGCGCAGCUCCCCCUACUAUAGCCAGUUAGAUGUGAGGUCCUCCACUCCAACCUCAUACCAAGCGCCCAAGCAUUUCCACAUCCCAGCUGCUGGCGAGAGUAACAUCUACAGGAAGCCCCCCAUCUACAAGCGCCAUGCCACGAAAAGCAAAACCAGCGAGGACAUCGCGCACUCAUCCAAGUACAGCCCCGCCUACUCCCCGGACCCCUACUACCACUCCGAGUCCGAGUACUGGUCCUUCCAAGGCUCACCCAAAGCUCCCCGGGCCCGGAGGUUCUCCUCAGGUGGCGAGGAGGAUGGCUACGACCGGGGCAUGCACAAGAUCCAGAGUGGCAUCGGGAGGCUGAUCCUGAGGGAGGAGAUGAAGGCUCGGUCCAACUCCUACGCAGACCCCUGGACACCCCCUCGCAGCUCGGCCAGCAGCAGGGAGGCCCUGCACACAGCGGGCUACGAGGGCUCCCUCAACGGCUCUCCCCGAACCCACUACCUGGCCGACAGCGAUCCCCUCAUUUCUAAGUCGGCCUCCCUUCCUGCCUACAGGAGGAACGGGCUGCACAGGCCUCCCAGCGCGGAGCUGUUCCACUACGACAGCACCAACGCCGUCAACUGGGGGAUGCGAGAGUACAAGGUAAGACCCUCCUGCCAGGAGUGGCCACUAGCCAGCGGUGGGAGUCCCGGGGGUGUGUCCGUGUGUCUGUCCAGAGGGGAGCUUUGCCCUCUGCCUUUGUUCCCCUCCAUCCUCGCCCUGGCAGCGCCAUCCCAGCACUGUGGGGCUCAGAGCAGAGUCCCUCCCCUGCUGCCGGGUCCCGGUUGUCCCCUGGGUGAGGAGCAGAGCAGGGGCCUGUGCUGCUGGGUUCCUGCUAAUGCUGCUGCCCAGCUCAUCCCUGGUUUUGCAGAGUGAGCAGGUUAUUCCAGAGCCACCAGAGUGGAUCAGAGUCACCCCGAGAGCAAUUCCCUCCUCUCCCAGUCCCACCCAAGCCCUGGGGUCAGCUGUGCCAGCCAGACCCUGUUGAAUUCAGCAGGAGGCCUUGCCCUCCUUCCCAAGCGUGCC